UCUUUACACUGUUAAGAAUGAAAUGCAGAAUCCUUACUUGUGCCCCAACAAAUGUUGCAAUUAAAGAAGUGGCCUCCCGUGUUCUAAAGCUGCUGAAAGAAACUGUUAAAACAGACAACCAUGGGACAGGCACUCUGUUUUUUCCUGUUGGAGAUAUUCUCUUGUUUGGGAGUAAGGAGAGACUCAAAGUUGGUGAAGAAAUGCAAGAAAUAUAUUUGGAUUAUCGUGCUAAAAGGCUUUCAAAGUGUUUUGGGGUGCAAACUGGCUGGAGGUAUUACUUUGCUUCCAUGAUUGAUUUACUUGAAGAUUGUGUUUCUCAGUAUCACAUUUUCUUGGAAAAUGAAUUGAUAAAGAAAAGAGAAAACAGUAAUGAAGAUGAAAUCAAAGAGGAGUCUAAAGAGGAGUUCAAGUCAUUUCUUGAAUAUAUGAGAGAAAGAUUUAACUAUACUGCCACUUCUCUUAGGAAUUGUAUAUAUAUCCUCUGUACUCAUAUAUCCAAAAGUUUCAUUUUGGAAAAUAAUUUUCAAAACAUGGUAGCUCUGAUCACUUUACUUGAUUCUUUUGGAACUUUAUUGUUUCAAGACAGUGUAGCUUCUGAGGAACUAGAAGAGCUCUUUUCACAUUCAGUAGCUGAAGAUUUUUCUUCGUCAUCUGGGCAUAAAAACUACUUGUUGCACAAGAGGAGGGGUGAAUGUCACACUGUUUUAAGAAUUCUUCAGGAUUCCUUAAGCGAACUUGAGCUCCCAAGUUAUAUGAACAUAGACUCAUUAAAAGAUUUCUGUUUUAAAACAGCUUCAGUAAUAUUCUGCACUGCUUCUAGUUCAUUUAAGCUGCAUUCAGUGGCCAUGGAACCACUGAACAUUCUGGUCAUUGAUGAAGCGGCACAACUAAAAGAAAGUGAGUCGACAAUACCGCUGCAACUCCUGGGCUUAAAGCAUACUAUUCUCAUUGGGGAUGAGUGCCAAUUGCCAGCAAUGGUUGCAAGCAAUGUUUCUGAUGAAGCUGGUUUCGGGAGAAGCUUAUUCGAGAGGUUGAGCUCCUUGGGUCACUCUAGACACCUGCUCAAUAUGCAAUAUCGAAUGCACCCCUCUAUCAGCUACUUCCCAAAUUCAUAUUUCUAUAACAACCAGAUUUUAGAUUCCGCGGAUGUUAAAAGAAAAAGCUACGAAAAAGUCUUUUUGCCAGGAUCACCAAUGUUUGGUCCAUAUUCUUUCAUCAACAUAUUUGAUGGGAGAGACGAGUUCAUCAGCUCUGGCUGGAGAAAUAUGGUUGAGGUAGCAGUUGUGAUGAAAAUAUUGCAGAACCUGUACAAAGAUUGGAAGGGCUCAAAACAGAAGCUGAGCAUUGGCAUAGUCUCACCUUACAGUGCUCAAGUGGGAGCAAUUCAAAAAAAACUUGGAGGCAAGUAUGAGAACAGUGACGGCUUUACUGUAAAAGUGAAGUCAAUUGAUGGGUUUCAAGGAGGAGAGGAGGACGUUAUUAUAAUUUCCACUGUGAGAAGUAACAGGAAUGGAUCCAUUGGAUUCUUGUCCAAGCCACAGAGAAUCAAUGUCGCACUUACGAGGGCUAGGCAUUGUUUAUGGAUUUUGGGGAAUGAAAGAACCUUAACUCAUGGUGAAUCUGUUUGGCAAACCUUAAUCCGUGAUGCUAAGGACCGGCGUUGCUUCUUUAAUGCUGAUGAAGAUAAGGAUAUGGCCAAAGCUAUAUUAGAGGCCAAAAAAGAGCUUGGUGAGUUGGAUGAAUUGUUGGAUGCUGGUAGUAUACUUUUCAGAAACCAAAAGUGGAAGGUUAUUUUUAGUGACAACUUCUUGAAAUCCUUUAAAAAAAUGACAUCAGACCGCAAAAAGAAAUCAGUUAUUAACCUUCUACUGAAACUUUCAAGUGGCUGGCGACCUAAGAGGAGGAACAUAGAUUCUAUUUGUGAAAGCUCUUCGCGCAUUAUUAAGAUAUUCAAAGUUGAAGGUCUCUAUACAAUUUGCACAAUUGACAUAGUAAAGGAAUCAAAUUACAAGCAAGUUUUAAAAGUCUGGGAUAUAUUGCCUUUGGAGAAUGUUCCAAAAUUGGUAAAACGUUUGGAUGGUAUAUUUGUUAGGUACACUGAUGAUUACAUCAAUCGUUGCAAAGAGAAAAAUAUUGAAGGGAAUUUGGAAGUUCCCAAGACUUGGGCAGCCUCUUCAGAAGUUGUUCGUUUCAAGAAUCUUGCUAAUAGUAAGAGUGGAAGUGACUUAAGUGGAGCUGCUUCAGAUAGUAUGAGUUAUGUUGAGAAUUCUAAGGUGAUUGAUAGCUUGUUGUUGAUGAAAUUCUACUCUUUAUCAUCAGGUGUAGUGAACCACCUACUUUCCGACUGUGAUGGUAGAGCAUUGGAUCUUCCAUUUGAAGUAACAGAUGAACAGUUGGAGAUGAUUCUUUUUCCUAGAAGCACCUUCAUACUUGGUCGGUCAGGUACAGGGAAAACUACUGUGUUGACCAUGAAAUUAUUUCAGAAAGCAAAACUACAUCACAUGGCAACUAAAGGAUUCUAUGGAGUUGAUAAUCAUGAGCAUCUGCAUACUACCCAGACAAAUGAGCUUGAGAAGGGCCUUGGAGAGGAGAAACCGGAUAUCUUGCGCCAACUUUUUGUGACAGUCAGUCCUAAACUGUGUUUUGCUGUAAAGCAACACAUUUCUCACUUGAAAAGCUCCGCCCUGGGUGAGAAGUUUCUAGCAGAAGGCAGUUUACUUGACAUGGAUGAUAUUGAUGAUGUAGCGCAAUUCAAAGAUAUCCCAAAUUCUUUUGUAGACAUUCCGCCUAAGUCAUACCCUCUUGUUGUUACAUUUCAUAAGUUCUUAAUGAUGCUGGAUGGUACAAUGGGCAAUUCAUAUUUUGAGAGAUUCCAUGACAUUCGGAAACAUUCUAAUGUCCAAACUCAGAGUUUAAGAUCAGAUUCCUUAUACACAAUUAUGAGGAAAAAGGAAGUUAGUUAUGACAGGUUUAGUUCAUUUUACUGGCCACGUUUUAAUGAACAACUAACAAAGAAGCUUGAUUCUUCGAGGGUCUUCACUGAGAUUAUAUCUCACAUAAAAGGAGGCCUGCGAUCCAUGGAGUUUGGUGACGGUAAACUGAGUCGAGAAGUUUAUGUCCAAUUAUCAGAGGGUAGAGUUUCCAUUUUGAGCAGGCAACAAAGAGAGAUGAUAUAUGAGAUAUUUCAAAACUAUGAGAGAAUGAAGAUGAAAAAUGGUGAUUUUGAUUUGGCUGAUUUAGUAAUUGAUCUUCAUCAUCGACUUAAAAAAGGAAAAUACGUCGGAGAUCAAAUUCAUUUUGUUUAUGUCGAUGAGGUGCAGGAUCUUACAAUGAGCCAAAUUGCUCUGCUCAAAUAUAUCUGCAAAAAUGUGGAAGAGGGUUUUGUUUUUUCUGGUGAUACAGCACAAACAAUUGCCAGGGGAAUCGACUUCAAAUUUGAAGAUAUACGACAUCUGUUCUACAAGAAGUUUGUACUGGAAUCAAGAAGCAAUGAACAUGAUGGCAGAGAACAAAAAGGACAACUCUCAAAUAUUUUUAACUUGAGCCAGAACUUCCGUACCCAUGCAGGAGUACUGAAGUUAGCUCAGAGCAUCAUUGAUCUUCUUUACCGUUUCUUCCGUCCCUAUGUUGAUGUUUUAAACCCUGAGACUACUAUGAUAUAUGGGGAGUCUCCGAUUUUGCUUGAAUCUGGGAACGAUGAAAAUGCAAUCAUAAAAAUUUUUGGAAAGAGUGGAAAAGUUGGUGGCAAUGUAGUUGGUUUUGGAGCUGAACAGGUGAUAUUAGUACGAGAUGAUUGUGCUCGGAAGGUUAUUUCUGACUAUGUUGGGAAUCAAGCUCUUGUUUUGACCAUAGUAGAGAGUAAAGGCCUCGAAUUUCAGGAUGUACUGUUAUACAAUUUUUUUGGUUCACCACAUCUUAAGAAUCAAUGGAGAGUGAUUUAUGAAUAUAUGAAGGAACAAAAUUUGCUUGACUCCACGUCACCUAGGUCCUUCCCGAGCUUCAAUGAAGCUAAACAUAACAUCUUGUGUGCUGAACUGAAGCAACUGUAUGUCGCCAUCACUCGUACAAGGCAAAGGUUAUGGAUCUGGGAGGAUAGGGAGGAAGUCUCCAAACCUAUGUUUGACUAUUGGAAGAAGAAGUCUCUUGUUGAAGUCAAACAGCUGGAUGAUUCAUUUGCACAUGCAAUGCAAGUUGCGAGUACCCCCGAAGAGUGGAAAUCGCAGGGCAUCAAGCUGUUUCAUGAGCGUAACUAUGAAAUGGCAACUAAAUGCUUCGAAAGAGCUAAAGAUUUUUACUGGGAAGAAAGGUGUAAAGCUACUGCCCUUAAAGCCGAUGCUGACCGCAUCCGCAGUUUGAACCCUGAAGAGGCUAAUAAUAAACUAAGGCAAGCUGCUAUAAAAUUUGAAGCCAUACACAAGGCCAAUUCUGCUGCCAAAUGUUUUUAUGAGCUGGGAGAGUAUGAAAGAGCAGGUAGGAUUUAUUUGGAAAAAUGUGAGGAACCAGAGCUGGAAAGGGCGGGGGAAUGUUUUCGUCUUGCAGGAUGCUAUGAGCUUGCAGUAGAGGUGUAUGCCCAGGGCAAUUUUUUUCUAGAUUGUUUGACUGUUUGCUUUGAAGGAAAGCUUUUCGAUGUUGGAUUGCAGUACAUCCAUUAUUGGAAACAACAUGCCAGUACAGAUGUUGGUACUGUCCAAAGAAGUGAAAAAAUGAACAAAAUUGUACAAGACUUUCUGGAGAGGUGCGCUUUUCAUCAUCAUGAGCUCAAAGAUAGCAAAUCCAUGAUGAAAUUUGUGAAAGCUUUUCAUUCAAUGGAUUUGAAACAUAACUUUUUGAAGUCGUUGAAUUGCUUUGAUGAACUUCUAUUGUUGGAAGAAGAGUCGGGAAACUUCGUGGAUGCUUCAAAUAUUGCAAAAAUGAGAGGAGAUAUUCUCCGUGCAGCUGAUUUGCUACAGAAAGCUGGGAAUUUCAAAGAAGCAUCUGCACUUAUACUUCAUUACGUGUUUUCCAAUUCCCUAUGGUCACCUGGGAGCAAAGGUUGGCCUUUGAAGCAGUUUAGAGAAAAGCAGGAGCUUUUGGGAAAAGCCAAGUCACUGGCGGAGAAUGACUCGAACCAAUUUUCUGAAUUUGUUCGAAAUGAAGCUGACAUUUUAUCGAAUGAGCAGUGCAACCUAUUCAUGCUGAGUCAUCAAUUGAAUGCUUCAAAGAGACAUCAGAGUAUCAGAGGUGAAAUAUUAUCUAUUCGAAAGAUUUUAGAUUUCCAUCUUCAUUUAAGUACCUCUGACUAUGGUUGGGAAGACGAAUUAGUUUCUGAUCUCGUAGCAUAUUCAGAAGACACAAUUCAUAGAAACCAGGUUUCUGUUGAGACCCUUGUCUACUUUUGGAAUUACUGGAAGAAUAUGAUUGUGAAGAUACUUGAGUAUCUUGAGCAUCUACAAACACGAGAUGUUAGCAACUGCAGACGUUACGGUGACUUCUGCUUGAACUACCUUAGUGUAUGGAAGCAAUAUAGCAAUCUUGGUACCAAGUAUCUUUUGCUGAACCCAGAUGCAGAGUGGAUUAGUGAGGUGGAGAAAAGAUGUGCUCAAACGAGCGAGAAGUUGGUUUCAAUUGAUGUCAGCAAGCUUGUCUCUGCUGCUCGGAAUUAUUGGAGUUCAGAGUUACUUUUUGUUGGUAUGAAGGUGUUGGAAAAUCUAGAUGCCUUUCAUAAGCAGUCAUUGGAGAAUUCAUCGUCUGUGUUCUGCAAAGUUAGAAAUUCUACUUACAUCUAUGAAGUUUCAAAAUCUCUUUUGAAUUCCAAAUUUCUGCGUCACCAGCAUUAUGAUACUAAGGCACUACAAAAUUUUGUUGAACUAUCAACGAAGCAAUUCUUUGACUUCAUAUUUCCUCUAGACUGGCAAGAAUCACUGAAGGGGAACUUGAUUUCUUUGAGAGGAACUGAGACUUGUAGGAAUAUAAUUAAAGAAGUUAUUUUUCAAAAUAUUGGCUUGAGAAGUCAGUUAUCUUAUGGGCAGAUUGGAAGUGUGGUAGUUAUGAUUCUCGGGUCUGGUAAGCUGAAUAAUGAGGUAUUGGAGAAUGUUGCAAAAAGCUUUAAUGAAAAUACACCAUGGAAGGAAUUUGUGGAGAGCCUCUCUGGGAAUAUGGGAUCAUGCAAUAACAUUGAACUUGUUCAGAAGUUCUUUGGAGCUUUGAAAGAUAUUUAUGAUGCCAACUGGAGGAUAGGAUAUAUAUCACCUUCUAAUUUUCUGUAUCUUAUUGAGCGGUUUUUGAUUAUGUUGUCUAGCAUCCAGGGCCACGGGUAUAUCUUAACCUCACAGUCAUCUGUUGUGGAUUGGCUUAUCUACCAGCAGGGGAACACCAACCCAGCUUCAACCUUGCAGAUUGAUGUGCAACAAUCCUUGAGACAUGUACUUCACUUUUUUGUCCACAUUGUUUCGCAGUUCCUUUACCAUGAGCAGGACACAAUGGAAUGGAUCAGAAACUUUCAUACAAGUGUGAAACAUUAUCAUUCAUUUGUUGUUUUGAGAUUGGUUGUAAUAGUGUGUUUGCUUCAUUUGAAUUUUGGGAACUAUGAAAAUUUGCUCUUUGGCUUGCUCGGCAGGAACAAUAUUUACAACAAACUGCCUUGGGAAUUUUGUGAUUCCCUUCGCAGAAAAUGGUGGCGGCCUAAUUCUCUGAAUGUUAAUGUGAUUGCCGAAGCAUUUAAAAGGAUCAGGAAUCCGCUUGUAAUUGUGAGUUUAGGGGGAAAUUGUUCAAGAUUUAGGUGUCAAGAUGCAGUUUUUGUUGACAUGAAAGCCAGGAAAUGUAAGGAGAUAUUAGGUAUUAUGUUUCCGAAGUCUGAAGCUUCUCAAGGCCAUUCUGGAGCUAAACUGGAAGAUGCUUAUUUGCACUACAUUAUCUCUUCGUCAGACUGUCGUGGCCAAGGGUUGAGUUCGAUUCUUCCGUCUUCAAAUUCUGCUAUCCUUCCAAAUAAGGAUUCAAUCACCCGGACCAUAAAUGAGGAUAAAGAGCUCAUAGACCCUGGAGUUUUCUUGGAAACACUUGAAGCGUUAGAUUUGAUAGGAAAUGCAGAAGAUCAAAAGAGCAUUUUUUUGAAUGCCCCAAGAGUUAAGUUGGAUGUAGACAAAUGUAUUCGCCUUUUAACUACUGCAAUGGAAUGUGGAAACGUUCAGAAGAACCAUCUGAAAAGCCAAAUGGAUGAAGCAGUCAGCAUGCUCAAGGAAUUGAAGCAACUUUAUGCUGGAUUAGAUGGAAGUGGUCAGCAAGUGGAGAACAACGUUUCAACAAUUAGAGAAGUUUGCAAGAGGUUGCAGUCAACAAGGCAAACAGUGGAGCCUCACUUGAAUCAGCUAUUCUUGCAGCAGAGCAGGAGUGUUAAAGGGAAGGCAAUGUAGACGGGCGCGGGCUGUGUACCAAGUAUCUUUUUUUGAACCCAGAUGCAGAGUGGAUUAGAGAGGUGGACAAAAGAUGUGCUCAAAUGAGCGAGAAGUUGGUUUCAAUUGAUGUUAGCAAGCUUGUCUCCGCUGCUCGGAGUUAUUGGAGUUCAGAGUUACUUUUUGUUGGUAUGAAGGUGUUGGAAAAUCUAGAUACCUUUUGUCAGCAGUCAUUUGAGAAUUCAUCGUCUGUGUUUUGCAAAGUCAUAAAUUCUACUUACAUCUAUGAAGUUUCAAAAUCUCUUUUGAGUUCCAAAUUUCUGCAUUACCGGUAUUAUGAUACUAAGGCACUACAAAAUUUUGUUGAACUAUCAUCGAGGCAAUUCUUUGACUUCAUAUUUCCUCUAGACUGGCGAGAAUCACUUAAAGGGAACUUGAUUUCUGUGAGAGGAACUGGGAUUUGUAGGAAUAUAAUUAAAGAAGUUAUUUUUCAAAAUAUUAGCUUGAGAAGUCAGUUA